GCGUUACAUGCCCGCUAUGGUCGGGACAUCACCCGGGCAUCCGAGUCCUUGUAGGAGACUCUGAAUCGUAUAUGUAUUGGAGGACUUGGUUAGUUCAGCUUCUCCAUUUCUCCCUUGUUUCGCGUCACUGAGUAUUUUGCUGCCAUGAUUUCCUCAGCCACCCUCCUUACCGCCCUCUUCCUCUCCGCUACCUCUACCGCCACGGUCCUCCCACCCCGCGUCGCCGCUGUUAACCCAGUCGUUAGUGGCACACCCCAAGUUCUGGGCGUCGUGAGCGACCCUACGCUGGACCGAGACUCGUGCGGCUCAUCCCUGAUCGGCGGGAGAGUACUUUGGGCGUGUCGUGACACAGAGCCCGUCGGAUCCGACGGUAUCCCCACCCUUCCCGUCAUCAGCAGCACCGCCAGCUGGAGCGACCUCGACUCGAGUGGGCUGCCCGUCCUCGACGGGAGCACCUACCCCAUGUACGGGAACAACAACGAGGAGCCGUUCUACCCACUGCAGGCCGACGAGUGCGACGACAACUCGGCGGGCGGCUGCAGCGACGGCACGCGCUACGCCAUCUGGCCGGACACCCCGCCGCUCGUCACCAACACCGCCGCAGACGGCACCGUCACGGCGUACACGUGGAUCCGCAAGGCGCACAUCACGGACAGUCUGACGGACCUCGCGCCCGACCCCGACACGUCGCUCUACAAGGUCGUGUACUCCCCCUCCGCAGCACACGACGCGCUGCCCGCCGUCACCAUCGUCGACGAGGCGUUCUGGGCCGCCGACGAGCAGGUCCCGUACGGCGCGUACGGCAGCAUCGUCUCCGCCGACGGCAGCACCGCGUACCUCUACGGAAAAGGAAGCUCGGGCACCAUCGCGCUCGCCAAAGUGCCCGUCGGGAGCAUCGAGGACAAGACCCAGUACCAGUUCUACGAGAACGGCAGCUGGACGCCGACCCCGCCGUCGCUCAACGCGAGCGACAUCAACGUCCCGAACGCGUCCGCCGGCGGGCAGGGCACGUACUUCUUCUCGCCGCCGUGGGAGCGCUACGUGUGGAUCGGGCAGGCGGGGAUCAGCGUCUCGGCGGACUUCUUCGUCACGACGGCGCCGGCGCCCGAGGGCCCGUGGGCGGCGCCGGUGCAGUUCUAUUCGGCGGAGAACGGGAACGCGACGCUGGGCGCGUAUAGUCUGCAGGCGAACCCUGCGCUCGGCGGGUUCGAGGACGGCGCGAACGAUGUGUAUUUGACGUACACGAAGAACGAUGUGAUUAAUGGUGUGGGCUUUUAUAGCACGCCGUUGAUCAAGGUGUCCUGGGAGUAAAGUGCCUGUCCGAGGGGAAAGGGAUUGGGUGCAGGAUGAUGUGAGGUGACGUUGGUGGACUCGGGCUCAUCGGGGCAGGUAUUUACUUAUGGGCUUUUCAUUGGGCUUGUAGAUAGCGUGUGUCUUUCAUCAUUGCUUUAGGUUUUUGGGUUUCUUGGGAUCAAUGCACGUUUUAGAGCUUGUUCCGUGGCAUAGUACGGCAGCUGUGGAACGUAGUAUAUAUAGCCGUAUUCCAAAUGGCCAUGGUCAAGACUUGC